AUGAGUAUCGAGUUAUUUACCGUUCCGGAACUAUUAGGAACCGGCGAGAUCAUUACCGUAAAGUCUGAUGAUGGAACAGUCUACUUUGCAGCAAGUAAACUAGCGUCGGCACUUGGUUACACCAGACCGAACAACGCUGUCGCGACCCAUGUAAGGGAAAGGUACAAAACAACACUUGGUGAAAUUAUUCCUACACCGAUUCGGUGUAGGAGCGAUGUUCACAUCGGUUCGCGUCCCAACAUGAUCUUUCUCACAGAGUCUGGUGUAUAUAAUCUUAUCUUCAAGUCCAACCUACCGUCUGCCAUAAAAUUUCAGGACUGGGUAACCGAAGAGGUUCUUCCUUCCAUCCGAAAGACUGGACAGUACGUGUUAUCAGGCGUAAUGCCUGCUAUCGAUAAUGUCAAGGAUGAAGGAUUACGCCAACUUCCUGAAAAAGAACGGAUAGAAGGACGCGGAAAACUAAAAUAUAAAAGUGAUAUAGUCAAAGAUCCGAAAGCUGUCUCGCGUGGAAAAAAAGGCGGACUGGUCGCACAGGAAAAUAUCAGGCAGACCAAAAAAGAUCUGGAAAGAAAAGAGUUUCAGGUUCGUGAUCAAGAGAAAGAAAUUACUGAACUUAGAGAAAAGGUAUUAUAUCUGCUGGUUGAAAUAGAUGAACUAGACGAAAAAAUACGCGAACUCGAAGACUAG